CGAACUAGUGCUCUCAAAAUCGACUGAAAAAACAAUUGUAGUAGAAGAAACAAAUGGUUCUCCUCUGUUUCUUGCUGGAUCUAUGUAGCCUCUCGUCUCCAUUGCUCAGAGACCUAAAGCAGUCACUGUUACAGCUGGCUAAUCUCUACACUGUUUCAUGGAAUUGGAGGAAUAAAUCGGAUUCACUAGGAGAUCGAAUUGGUUUGUGCUACGUCAUCAAAAAUCGCAUUUCUUCUUCGGACGAGCUAAAGGUGGCGUAUAAUCCAAGAGGAGACUUCAGUCUUCGUGAUUUCCACCACGCUGUGAAUAGUUUGCCAACCGAUUCGUUUUCCCCUGAGCUCAACGAUUCUGGAUCUCUCUCUUGCCACGUUAUGAAACUUUCAAGUGUUUUGAGUGAUCAAGUUUUGUAUUCGUGGGGAGGAAAAGAUAUCGUGCGGAAAGUGAUUGUCUUGUGUUCGUUUUUACCUGAAAAUAUAGACUCUGGCUUGAAAGAAACUCUUAUGGAUGCAGCAGAUAAAUGUGUUUCCGUCGAGUUCGUUUUGCUUGAGCAAAGAUCAAACCAUCUCAGUGAUAUAAGAGAGAAUCUAAACAGUUUUGCGAGAUGUAUUUCUGAUCUUGACAACUGCUCCUAUCAAUCCUACCUUCCAGAGGUCAAAGUAUUUCAUGGCCUGGUGAAACAAUGGCUACAAGAUCUAAGGGAUGACACGGAAGAGCCAUUGCAGGCUCGGUUUAUCUUUAAUAGUAACCUUGCUGGUUCUUUGAAGCAGAUAUCCUGCAACUUAUCUGCUUCUGUCAAUCAUAUAAUUGACGGAUUCAACCCUUGUGAGACAUGUAGGUGCCAUGGUGUUCCAUUGUGCAAUGCAGAAAAAAGUAGGAUUGAAAGGCCUUCUUGCGCAGUCACUUUCCAUGAUCUUGGAGCAUUUGAUGUGAUUGACAAUUCUGUGAAGGUUGGCAAAAACACAGUCCUGUUUAUGCCCUCUUUCCAGAGCUCUAUGAAACUCCAACAGGUUUCUUCACCUGUUGACUUCAAUAUAAUAGAGCGGACCAACCUGGGGUCUCUAAGCGAAGGAGUUAUAUUUGGGAAUCCCUAUUUUGUAACUCCAUCGGCUUCUCCAGAGAUAGAAGCUGCUUCAGAUGAAACGGAUCAGUUAGAAUUGAAUUUUCAAUUUUUCAAAGGGCUUUGCACUGCUUUACAUUCAUUGGACCAAGGCUUGGUAUGCUCUUCAAAUUGCAAUAUAGAAAAUAUGAGGGAGGCAACAUUCCAUUGCUAUUACAUUCUUCAACCUUCAGAUAAUGGGCCAAUGCUUCUCAGGCGCCUUGCAGGAUCAGAGGAAGUCUUGCCCUUUUCUGAUGUCAAUCGAUUCAUUGAUCAUUCAGUGCCUAAAGAUAUUGAGAUUUCCAUUCAAUCCUCCUUAUUCAAGUUGGACUCAAGAGACUACAAUCCAGUCCUGUAUGAAAGAGGUUUCCAUCAAAAACUUAACUUGCUUGUAAAAGAGAGCUUACAAAUCGGGUCUGUACCUCCUAAUACGAAUGAGGCAACAUCUGAACUAUACACAACCAAACCUGACCCCACCAAAGUGAUUGCAAAAUCAACUUCAUCAGAUGAUGUCGUGGUUGUCAAUGAGGAAAUGUCACAGCUAGAUCAGUUAGCCGGAGAAGAAAAAACCACAGCUUCUAUUGAUGAAGAAUGGGAGCGACUGGUUGUCCAUGAAGUCCCUGUGAAAAAUUCUCCCACUUGUAUAGAUAAACCCAAGUCAGGUCAAUCAGUUCUACUUCUAUCCCCACCAGACAACAGCAGGCAGCUAGAUAUAACUACGACAAGGAUUCUAGAGAGGCUGGAGGUGCCAAGACAGUUAAAGUCAAAUGCAGUCUCCCCCAGCAUCAACAGCAGCAGAACUGUAGAUGUAAACAGGCGAAUGAAAAAACCUCUAAUCCCUUUCCAGCCCAAUCAGGCUGCGGAUCAAGGCUUGACUUCAAGCCAAUUAAUCAGGCCCAGCUUCCAGAGGCUAAAACGGAAACAUAAAUGAAACUUCAGGACACCUCUCUUUAAAGGACUUUCUUUUCUUUUAAUUGUUAACAGUCAAAUCCAACUUUUCGUUCCAUUGAUCGAAUACCUGUCAGGGUAAAUAAAUCAGAACAUAAUGGGCAAAGCUUGGGAAACCCAUUUUUCUUUAACUGCACACGGUAACAAAAUUCUUUCGCUGUUUAUGCCAGUCUGCACUUACUGUAUGAUUCCAAUCAGAAGUUAAAUAAUUGUUAGGAUUGGAUUUGGACCACAUUAAUUGGCACACAAAAUAUAGGUGGGCAAAGCAUGACUUUUCAGUCACGCAACUCACACUUGCGUAUCUCUCAUCCAACUUCAAAAUCUCUUGGGUGCGAUGCCACCAAAUCUCAAUCAACCAACGCACUAUCCUUCUUUGCCUCAAUUAUUUACCAAAUUUUAUAUUGAUAUUUUCUUUUUUUGUGCAGAAAAUUUUGAUACAUAAAAUAAAAAUUAUAUGUAAUUACAAAAAAAAAAA